AUGUACACUUACACUGCCACUCACCGUUUCUUGGUCCUCUCCGCCACUGAGUCUGGCCCUUACUACCCCGCCAACAAGUUCCUCGUCUUGUCUCCCAUCGAAUGUGGCCCGGAUCCCCGCGUCUGGGAAGACCAGCCCCAAAUUGAGACCAGCUCGAACGAGGAGGACACUGUGCCGGCUCCUGCCAACCGUGCCCGCACCAAUAGCUCUGUCUCUACCGACUCUUCAGUCUCCCUCGAUGACACUGCUGCCCUUUCGCCCGGUUUCCUCUACCUUGGCCAUGGCAAGAAGCAGCACUAG